UAAACAUUAAAUAACCAAAUAAAGCCUUAAAUACCCUCAAAUCUCAACUCACACACUCCAAUACAAUAAUCAUCUCCACUUCCUCUUUCUCUCUCAUCGCCCAUCCCUCCACCCUCAAACUCCACUAUUCUGAACAAAAAAAGCUCCCACUCACUUUCUCUCUCUACUUUUCUCCCCCCUUUAAAUUCCCCGUUUCUCUUUCCAAACAGCCCUCUGUUCUCUAAUCUCUCUCCUCUUUUUUUUUCUUCGUCUUCUGCUCUGUUUUUCCACGCAAAUGUAGCAUCAAACAGAGCACAACAAACAAAAACAAUGGCGAAGUGUCAUCCUCCUCGAAAUGACGUCGGAUCUCUCAUCCUUAACCACCCUUCCUCCCACCACCACAACCAUUGCCGUCGUUGGACUUCUUUCUCUCUUCGCAAACUCCUCGCCACCGUCAGCUGCGGCGGCGGCACCAAAGCUAAAACCUCCGAUGACCCGAAACCCCAAAUCAAAAAACCUGAACCCAAGCCCAAACCCAUCUCACCCAGCAAUGUUUCCUCUCGGGCGGAGUCCGGGAAACUGGCGGAUCUCCUUAACCUGUCUUCCUCCUCUUGCUCUUCUGGGAGGAGAGAGAAAGUGGAGGAAGAUGUAGUUGAGGUGAGGAGAAAGGAGGAGAGGCUAGAGGAGUUAAGAGCGGCGGUGAAGUUGUUGCAGAAUGAGAGUGACGUGGAGGAGAGAGAAAGUGGCGCGAAGUCGGUUAGAAGCUUCGCGAAAGAAGACAGUGAAGCACGGUGCACUUUGGCUAUGCUUGGUGCUAUCCCUCCUUUGGUUUCCAUGCUUGAUAAUGAAAAUGAUAAUGAUGAUGAUCAAUCCCUCAUUCAAGCUCUUUACGCCCUUCUUAAUUUGGGCAUUGGCAAUGAUUUGAAUAAAGCAGCUAUAGUACAAGCAGGGGCAGUACACAAGAUGUUAAAGAAGAUCGAGUCCUCGAAUUGGUGUCUGAAACCGUCUGUUUCAGAAGCCAUUGUGGCGAACUUCCUUGCAUUGAGCGCGUUAGAUACAAAUAAGCCGAUCAUUGGUACUUCCGGGGCAAUCCCUUAUCUCGUUAGCGUACUCCUAGACACGGAGAAAAGAUCUAGUUCACAAGCGAGGCAAGACUCGCUUAGAGCACUUUACAAUCUCUCAAUAUCACCAACAAACAUUGCAUUAAUUCUCGAGACUAAUUUGAUUCAGUAUCUCGUAAGCAAGUUGGGAGAUAUGGAAAUGAGUGAACGAAGCCUUUCGAUAUUAAGCAAUGUAGUUUCAAUCUCGGAAGGGAGGAAAGCAAUUAGCAGUUCCCCGGAUGUUUUCCCGAUAUUGAUAGAUGUUUUGAAUUGGUCAGACUCGCCAGGCUGCCAAGAAAAGGCGUGCUACGUAAUAAUGGUGAUGGCCCAUAAAUCUUAUAGUGAUAGACAGACAAUGAUAGAAGCCGGGGUUGGAUCAGCAUUGCUUGAAUUAACUCUUCUAGGUAGCACAUUAGCACAGAAAAGGGCAUCAAGGAUAUUGGAAUGUUUAAGGGUUGAUAAGGGGAAGCAGGUUUCUCGAAGCUUUAUUAAUGGUAAAUCAACUGCAGCUGUUUCUGCCCCUAUUUGUGGGUCUUCCUCAUCUACAAACAGUGUUUAUAAAGAAGAGGAUGAUGUCAUGAUGAGCGAAGAGAAAAAGGCGGUAAAACAAUUAGUUCAACAGAGUUUGCAGAGCAAUAUGAAAAGGAUUGUCAAGAGGGCUAACUUGCCUCAAGAUUUUGUUCCUUCGGAGCAUCUUCGGUCUCUUACCGUGAGUUCAACAUCGAAGAGCUUGCCCUUUUGAAGAUUAUAUAUCGAAAGAUGAAGAUAGUUCCCGAGCAAUAAGAAUUAGGAAAGCAAGAUAUUAAAGCAGGGGUUUUGGCAAGGAAAUGGAGUACAAAGAGAGAGGAAUCUAGGUUGGUGGCCGGAAGUGUAAUUAAAGACAAGAAAAAAGUGCAAAGUGAGCUUCUCUUCUGUUCUUGUUUAGGUAAAUAUAUAAUUAUAAAUAGAUGGUAAGCACAUGACGGGUUCUGAGAGCAGGUUAAGGUUUUCAACCUUAAUUAACUGUCACUUCCCAUUUUCUCUCUGCUUUCUUGUAAUUAAGUACAUACUUAGACUUAGAGGGUGUUUUGCUUAGCUGUAAAUAUGCUUCUGGAUCUGUGUUAAUGAACAUGAUAAUGCCCUGACCUGACCUGACCUAUUUUGUUCAUUUCUAUCAUUCUGUCUUAUAUUAAUAUAAUGUCAUGAUCAUAAACAUAA